AUGUCUAAAAUUCGUAUUGCAGUACUUGGACAGGCAGGAGUUGGCAAAAGUACUUUGAUUAAUACUUUUAUCAAGAAAGAUAAUAAGGAAUAUGAACCAACAAUAGAAGAAAUAAUUAAUGUUGAGCUUAAUAUUAAUAAAAAAAAAUUUACUAUUAAUGUUCUUGAUACAUCAGGUGUUGAAUUAUUUUAUGGACAAAGAAAAUUAUAUUUUAAUGAGAGUGAUGCUUUUAUAUUAGUUUACUCUGUAACUGAUCCUAAAUCAUUUUAUUAUAUUAUAAAUAUUUACAAAAAUAUUUUAUCAUUACAUACAAUGAAAAUGAAUGGAAUUUGUCGUCCUAUUCUUUUAGUUGGUAUGAAAAGUGAUAUAAUUAAAGAAAGAAAAAUAUCAACUAAUGAAGGAAAAAUAAUUGCAUCAAAUUUGGGUAUCUCAUUUAUUGAGACUAAUAAAUUUGAUCAAUCUAGUAUUAUUGAUGCUUUUAUCAAUAUAAUAAAUCAAAAUAUUUAUUUUAAAUUAUUUGAAGAGACCAAAUUUAUCCACGUUAAUUCUUUAUUUGGUAAUAAAAUAAAAAUAAGUGAUAAGAGAAAUAAAAAAACAUGUAACAUUAUGUAA